UUUGUGUUUCAGUACGUUGGCAGCUUUGACGUCUCGGAUAAUGAUGUCUGGGUCAAGCCCGAGCUCAUGGAGGCACAGCUGUUUCGCAUGAGGGCUUCUCCUUCAAAAAGGACAGUGCUUAUCCUGGUGACGCUGACAGGCGUGAAAAUAUGCACCACCGACGGAAAGGCGGUGCUGAUGGCGCACGCGGUGCAGCGCAUUUGCUGGGCCACGUGUAACCCGGGCCAGUUCCAGUUCGCCUUCCUGGCACGAGAGCCGAGGCAGCGAGCGGACCAGAGGCACUGCCACGUCUUCCGCACCAGGAGUCCGAGACAGGCUGAAGAUCUGAGCUCCCUGGUGGGAUCGGCGUUCCGCAUGGCGUACGCACGCCAGCUCCAACAACAGCACCACCACCAACAGCAGCAGCAACAGCAGCAGCAGCGACAGGGGCUCGCUGUGCAGAGUCCGAGGAGUGCUAGCCCCGCCGCCCCGGCUGACGAGACCGCUGCCACGGCUCCCUCGAACGGGCGGCCCGAAGCGUCGCCCCCCAAUGCCUACACCAAGGUUUGGGCCAAGAAAGUGGCGGGCCGAACCAAGCACCGGGACCCCGUGGCCGAGAGCUUCCUGGAGCUCAACGUGCGCAGUCUGCAGCAGCAGCACUACGGCGCCCUGCUGAGCGGCGGCGGAUCCCCGAGUCGUCCUUCGAGCGUGCCGGUAACGCCCAGCCACCAGCACUACCAGCGACCCGGCGAGCGUGGCGCCGAGCCCGACCUGCUGUCUCCGUCGAGCAACGAAGACAACACGUCGCCCACCGAGCUCAACCGGCACUUCACCGACAAGCCGCCGCCAGUCAAGAAGCUCGAAGACAGCUGGCAACAGCAGCAGCAGCAGCAACAUCAGCGCUGUCCGAGCAUUGGAGGACCAGAGGGACCAGAGGACAGCAGCCGGGGGGCCUCCUCUCCCGUUCCGAUAGGCUCGCGACCUCCGAGCUCGGCGGUCAGGUCGAGCCCCCUGUCGUCCGAGGCGUGCAGCGUGCGAUCCUCGGUGCGCAGCCGGCGUUCAUCGUGUUCGCCCAGCGGCCGCCAGAGGAGCGCCUCGGGAUCACCGAGGCCAAACGGGCUCGCCGCCAGGGUCGCCUUCGCUCCGGCUCCGCCAAGACGGCAUGACUCCCUGAACGUGAACGAAGAGGAGGAACUGCGGGAAGCUCCCUGGUACCAAGCAGGCAUCCCCAGAGAGAUCGCCCUCGAAGUGCUGUCGCAGGAGCCAAUCGGGUCGUUCCUGGUGCGCCAAAGCAGCACCAAACCCGGGUGCUUUGCACUCUCACUGAGGGUUCCCAGGAGCAUCCAGCCGAGUGGCAUCGCCCACUAUCUCAUCAUGCACACCAACAGGGGCUACAAGAUAAAGGGCUUUACAAAGGAGUUUACAACCCUGACGUCACUCAUAACGCAUCACUCGGUCAUGCCAGAGCUGCUGCCGUGCCCGCUCUCUCUGUAUCGAUACAACUCAACUUUCCGGAAGCACGGCUCAGCCGAGGACAUGGUGGAUAUAGACGAAGACCCUGACUACACGCUGCUCUCAGACUUCCGCAAGAUGAUGGCUGACGCUGUUUGACUUUCGGAGCUGGCUGCAUGCUAGUCUUAAUAUCUAUCUGGUGGUGACCACAGUUAGCUUCAACAGUGGUGAUCUGGUGAUAAGCAAGCAAUGCUGGUCAGUGCUUGCACUCCUGCAGCUGUGCAUUGUCCCGACCACGCAACAAGUCUCGCGAGUCGUUUCAUGCUGCUGCUGCACCGGGGACAAGCCAAGUUCUGGUAGCAUAGGUUUCGCCGAUGGGAUCAAUGUGAACAUGCUACGUUGUGAUAACGCCUCCCGCUCCAAAACUCAAGUCACGGCCUGCCAUCUACAAAGAGCUGACUUCAGAGCCAAAGUGUGGGGAAAUAAAGCAUUUUAUGUCUGUCUUUUACACAUCCA